AUGGCCACCUCCACUGUGACCGAGCUCGACGUAGCUGCACUUUCUGGGCCCGAGCUGGCAUUGCUCCUUCCGACGCUCCCUCUGGAAGCAGAAUACCCACAACGACCCGGGCCAAACAACAGCACGUCCGCUCACAUACUCGAGCUUCUCAAACGGGAAAAUAAUCCCGCCUUUCACGGUCCGCUGUCCACUGCGAUACUCACCACAAUAUCGACUUUGCCGCUGGCAACUGCCACAGACGCGGAAAUUGACCGAGUGGCGUUUCUUCUCUUCGAAGUGAUAAUGUCCCUCCCGCGCUCCGACAUCGAAUACUUUCGUUCCGCCUUGACGCAUCUCACCACGUCCCCGUUGGGCAGGCUGGACUGGGUCAAUUCUGGGUCGAACGACGUUCUCCGAUAUCUCGACGCCUCAGAGCCGUACACUCCAACACACAAGACGGACAACAUGAGCAUACGAAGCAUACAAGAAGGCGUGCAUAGCUCUGAGGAAAUGCGGCCCUUCCUCGCCCACAUGGUAUUCUGGAUGACGACCUCCGGCGGGUAUUGGCUGGUUAACCACGGUGCCCCAUCACAGCUCGCGCGAUUUCCGGCACUUGCUGUUGACGGUAUUCUUUAUCACUUGCAUGAGCUAGCUGAAGAGGGCGAGAAUAUUGAGGUACACUGGGCUGUCAAGUCUUUGCUCUUUGUCUUGCGAGAGGUUCCAUCGCAUCUACGCGAGCCAUUGAGGCCCGCUAUUGAACGCAUCGCGCAUUUUCCUGUUGAUGAUGAUGACCUCAACGACGAUGACGAUUGGGACUGGCGUAAUUCAUCUCCCCAGGUCGCAUUGCGCCUACUGAUGGAGAUGGACUAUUGGGUCUCCAUCCCCUCCAGAAUGCGGUCACGACCAUCAAAGUAG